AUGAGCAGGAUUCCCGGCCACCAGAGCAUUCAGUGGCUCGUCUCUUCUUUCGGGACAGGAACUUGUCGCAACAGUAGCAGUCUGAAUACCCUUACCAGGAACAGGAUCAACAAGAUCAACAAGAUCAGUUCAACAAACAGCCCGGACUACACCUACUCCCACUCUUGUCUCUUCUUCUCGACUUCUGCAAGACCAAAUGCAAAGAAAAAGACCAUCGACGCCGCCACCCUCGACAGUAUCUCUCAAGCGCUCAUCAAUGAUCUUUACACGCAACCAUCCUCCUCAAGGGCAAAGGUCACACUUGACGACGUCCUUGCUCUUAAGCCUGCCCGCAAUGCCAUCACCGCAGAUGAGUUUAACAAGCUGAAGGACCUCGUCGCUGCUUCCUUCAACGUAAGCCAGCUCAAAUCCGUCCUCCGCUCUCAGAAAAUGCCUGCCAAUGGCAAGAAAUCCGUGCUAGUCAACCAGAUCAUGAUACUUAUGGAUCUUGACGUCAAGGCCCUGAAAGCAAAACUGCCCGUGGUCGAAGACCCCUACACACCAGCAGAGCCAAUCGCACUACAAAAGGUUUUCCCGUCAAGCAGGAGAGAGCUUUUUUUUAUUUUAGGGUCGGAGGGCGACUCCUUACGAGAGGUCGAACGGGAAAAGAAUGUGCGCAUCUCGAUCAACAUUGCUAACGAGACCUAUAUCAUCAGAGGAGCAAGAGACUCGAUUGAGGAUGCCCAGAAUCGGAUCCGGGAGCUCGUUGCAGUCACAGAAGAGGCGUGGGAUAUUUCAGCAUACGCCGACAGGGACUUGGUCACGAAGGAACCUUCAGUACUGGAAGACAUCGCACGUAGAUCACAAACCUUUGUCUCGGUAGGAGACCAAAACACACUGAAUAUCGCCUGCAGAUCGAGCAAGGAUAUGGACGAGGCAAAACGACUUUUCGAUCUCAGGCUCCACAAGUUGACACAUGGCGUUGAAAACCUCACAUUAUUACACCAAGAGGACGAAUUGAAACCGUUAGGCAUGUUCCCUGUCUACGACUCUGUCAGCAUGACUGCGGAUGAAAGUCAAAAGUCCUUCUUCCGUAUUGCUCAGACGGAACCCUACGCGGACAAAACUGUGGACAACCCCACGAUUUUACCUAUUCAAUCAGCAUUGUCCCAUGUUGGAACUCUGGAAGAACUCAAGAGGCACCUGAAAAGUUCAAUCGACGAAGUACAUACACCGCAUCAAACGUUCGAUUUAUCUGCGAAUUUUGGACAGGUGCUUUUCCACAACAAGAACCAUGCGAUGACUCAACUACCCUUAUCUGGACCAUUUGAUGCUUUUGAGCUUGAGGGGUGGCUCAAGAAAGCCGAGGAGCCGUAUUUUUUACAAAGCCUUCCGUUCUUCAAGGCCGUCUCUCGACUUCCAUUAGUAGGUCUUAAGACCAAGACCAUUGAAGUCGAAUACAUCCCAUCUUCGUCUUCGAGUGUGCAGAACCCAGUCCUGGAUCCGAUCCGUGUCAUCUUUAUGCUGGAUAAUGAGGGCGAGCUCUGUGUGCAGGAUGGAAAGGCAAUCAACAGGCAAUGGUUGGCAAACCUCAUGAUGCUUGGCCAACCCACGGAUAUUCAGAUUCGGAGUGAAUUAGCAACCAGGAUCGAUGCGAAAUCGCCAGUCUUGAAUGAGCUUUUGAGUCAAACAGCAUUGUCCUUUGCCAACAGACUGCAAUGUCCAAACUUUUACUCUUUCAGGAAUUUGUCAUCAGAAACAGCUGCUGCACAGCUUGGCUUGAGUACUGGACCGACGCAUACAUUGAAGACUGUUUUGUUCAAGACGACGGGCAUUUUUGAUUAUCAUGGCCUGCCAUUGGUCGCGUCCGAUAUCGUCAAUCAACAUGGCCGUAUCCGCAAACAGGAGCUCAAGCUUCUGCCACUACCACUGGAAGCGAGGCCGGAGCCCUCGGAAAGCGAUAUUGCUUCUGAAUUAACUUCGACAUCAUCCUCAUUAUCGACGCUAUCAUUAGAGAACUGGGAUGAUUUCACGAAAGCUGCAUUGCAUCUCAGCCGAACCCUUUAG